UGUUUUUGAAAAUAAUGCAGUUGAUUUUGUGGCAGAUGAACUUGCGGCUGCUUUCCGUAAGCAUGUGGAGACUUAUGGAGGAUUAGAUCUCUGUAUCAACUGUGCUGGAAUCGCGAAUCCGCUCUCUUUCUAUGAGGAUCAGACUGACGGCUUUAAAUCUUGGAGGCGUGUUGUUGACAUCAAUUUUGUUGCACAAGCUGUUAAGAUGAAUUGGUGUUUUCACAAAUUCGGGCAAUGAAAGAUGUUAAGAAACCCGGUGUGAUCAUUAAUGUUGGAUCUGCUUCGGGUUUAUACCCAAUGGGGAGUAGUUCUAUUCACCAGAUCACUUGCUCUUUACAAGCGUCAAGGAAUCCGUGUUAAUGUCAUUUGCCCUGAGUAUGUUCAAACCGAGUUGACUGCUAAGAUGGACACUAAGUACAUUGAUACGUUUGGCGGCUUUAUGAGUACGGAGAUGGUUGUGAAAGGAGCAUUCGACCUUAUUAGCGAUGAAAGUAAAGCUGGGGCUUGCUUGUGGAUAUCCAAUAAAAGGGGCUUUGAGUACUGGCCAACUCCCGCAGAAGAAGAGAAAUACCGAGUUCGUCCCAAGGCUUCUAGGAAAAAGUCUGCAGAUGUUUUGCAAGUGAAUGUUCAAAUCCCUCGAAGUUUUGAUAAGAUAGUUGUUCACACUCUCAAUCACAAUUUCCAAAGUGCAACAAGAGUAGUGCGGGCACCCUUGAGAUUGCCACUUAAACCGGAUCAUGUUCUUAUGAAGAUCAUAUAUGCUGGGGUCAAUGCUAGUGAUGUGAAUUUUAGCUCUGGAAGAUACUUUAAUGGGAGUAGUAAAGACACUGCUUCCUUGCUUCCCUUUGAUGCUGGCUUUGAGGCUGUGGGUAUAAUUGCUGCUAUAGGGGAUUCAGUCAAGCACUUAAAGGUUGGGACUCCAGCUGCAAUUAUGACAUUUGGCAGUUAUGCUGAAUUCACAGCGGCUCCUUCAAAGAACAUCCUUCCUGUGGCAAGACCAGAUCCAGAAGUUGUUGCUAUGCUCACAUCUGGGCUAACAGCCUCAAUAGCUUUAGAAAAGGCAGCUCAAAUGGACUCGAGGAAAACAGUUCUGAUCACUGCUGCUGCAGGAGGAACUGGGCAGUUUGCAGUCCAGCUGGCAAAAUUAGCCGGAAAUAAGGUUAUUGCAACUUGUGGAGGAAAAGACAAGGCCAGGCUUUUGAAGGAUUUGGGAGUGGAUAGAGUAAUCGACUACAAAGCUGAGAAUAUCAAGACCGUUUUGAAAGAUGAAUUCCCUAAAGGUGUUGAUAUAAUAUAUGAGUCUGUUGGUGGUGAAAUGUUUGAUCUAUGCUUAAUUGCUUUGGCAACCUAUGGUCGUCUUAUUGUGAUUGGGAUGAUAUCUCAGUAUCAAGGGGAAGAUGGGUGGAAGCCACAAAAUUAUACUGGAUUGUGUGAAAAGAUUUUAGCUAAAAGCCAGACUGUGACUGGUUUUUUUCUAGUGCAAUAUGCACACUUCUGGCAAGAACAUCUAGAUAAGCUAAUGGAUCUCUACACCUCCAGGAAGCUGAAGGUCAUUGUCGACCCCAAGACAUUCUUGGGUGUUCAUUCCGUUGCUGAUGCAGUUAACUAUCUUCAUUCUGGUCAGAGUGUCGGCAAGGUCGUUGUAUGCAUGGAUCCAAUGUACAAUAAUCGCCUUGCAAAAUUAUGAUAAGCAUACAUUCCUGCAGUUCAUUUGCAAGGAUCAAUAAUAGCAAAGCAUUUAAUCGUGUAUAAACAGGUGCAUCACUACAUUUAAAUUUGAAAUUGGAAAUCAUGCCAUUUGAAGGCAUUGGAUAAUUGGAUGUAUUAAAAGGUCGUGAUGUCAUUAUUUGAAUUUAAAAUUGACUUACUA